CAGGUCAUUUUGGUAAAAUACAUCAAAAAGAAAAAAGUUAAGUUCUUACUUAAUAUAAAUAGAAGGGUAGGUGUUAUAUAUCUCAAUAUCAAGAUCAUAAUAAUAUUCAAAAAUAAGAAGUCAUGAGCAAGUACAUUAUUAUUUUAAAAAGAAGUAUGCAGUUAAUUUUCUCGGUUUCUAUAUUUGGUUUGUUUGUGUUCUACUCUUGUGGAUUUUGCUAUGUAUACCCCCUUGAUCAGUCAAUAUUGAAUGAUUACUUCUCAACAACGUGGCUUCUCUCCAUGCUUGAAAGGAAAUACAUGUUUCUCAUAUGUAAUAUUCUCAUUGUUUUUCUAGCCAAAACCUCUUCCACUUCUUCCCUUGAUCACUCAGAGUACUCUCAAUAUUCUAAACCUUCCAUUAGUGCUAAGGAUCAUCAUGAACUUGUGGUUGAUAUUGAUCAAGAAGAACAUGAUGAAGAAUUAGUAGUAAAUGUGAUGAAAAAGAAAGAAGAAUUUUAUGGAAGAUCAUCAGAGAAUGAAUUUGCUCCAAUUGAAGAAGAAAAAGAGGUGGAGGAUGAUGAUAUUGAUGAGAUAUUUACAGAUCUAGAGGAACUCAACAGAAAGUUUGAUGAGUUUAUAAGGAAAAUGAAAGAGGAGAUUAGGAUUCAACCCCAAACACUACACCCAAUUGGAGUGUAGCUAUAUCUAAUAAUUUUUUUGCGAUUUUCACAUGCUCAUUGAACCGUCUAAUUUAGUUCAGGAUCAGUUCUAACAUUAAGUGGUUUCAGCUUCCUCCCGAUUGCAGUUGAAGGGGAUCGAAUAUCUAAGUAAUUAAGUGUACAUACUACAUACAAAUAGUAUAAAUUUUUAUUUCAUCGUGAAUGAUAAUCAUAUGAUAAUCAAAUAAAAAUAUAUAGCAGCUAGCUAGCUAAAAUAAUUAAUAUAUCAAGUGCUAUAUAGCUCGAUCGAGUAUUACUCUUAAAAUUAUACAUUAUUUAUUUAUAAGCCACAUAUAGUAGUAGUUUUUUCUUU